CAAGUACCGUAAACAGAAGCAGUCACCCCCCCCCCCUGGUCUGGUUAUGAUGCGCUAGCGCUUAUAACUUUUGGUACAACUGGCCUGAAACUUAAAAUAUUGAUUCAAUAAGUUUAAUUAAUAUCAAUAUAUUUAUUGAAAAAUAGCUAUUAUAUCAAAAUAAGAAAACUUUAGAUUCUCACGCGAAUAGGCAAUGUUUUUAUGAGCGACUGUUCAUCGUUAGUUGCAAACGACGGUAAUUUGUAAACAAGGUCAAGGUUUUAUCGAAAGCGAUUGACUGUUAGAUUUCCUUUACUAUUUUAUAACUAUAUAAUGUUAUUUCCUACAAAUUUAGCUUUAUUGUAGCUUUAUUGAAAGUUUAAAAAAAACAUGGAAACGGUGAAUUACUACAGAUUGAAAAUAAUUAUUAAACUAUGAUUGAAAUUAUCGACGUAGAAAUGUAGAAUGCUAUUUCGUUGUAUUAUAAAAUUUCAAUAGUAUUAAUGAGAAUUUUGUUUGAUAUUUUUAAUAUAUAAAUAUUUCAUGUUAUUUACAAAAUGUACUGUAGUUUUGAAGUUUUGCACACAAUAUAAUCAAUGCGAGCAAAUAACUCCAUUUCAGUUUGAGUAUUUAAUAUAUUUAAAUUUAAUAUUUUGAUAGCGUGGCCCGCUUUCGCGCUAUAUAAUAAACGCCUGAUAAAUAUAAAUCAGUGCGAGCACAGCGGCUCCAAAAUCACAACAAAAUAUAAACAAUAUAAAGUAAAUUAAAACAGCAAAGCUUUACCUACCUCGAUGUAUUUUCUAAGGCGCUCGAUUAUGUAAAUUUUCGGCGAACAAUCAACAUUUUCUUUGCAUUUGCUCGACGAAAACCAUGGAAGAAAACGUGCACGCGAUUCAAAAUUUAUAAUUAUGCUUAUUGUUAUUAUGCUCGUCCCACGUGAUCUGCCGCAAGUUUCACCAACAACGGACACGAAUUUUAAGCUAUAUGAUAGUUGCAUGCCAUAUAUGGCAUGCAACAAAAAUGGUUGUGAAUUGGUUCGGACCAUUGAGAGAUGAUAUGGCUGUCCUCGCAAUUUCUGACUUUUGCUGCCUACAUAAUUUUCCACAGAUGAACAGAGUAUAACUUACUGUUUAUUUGAAAGAAUAUAAACCAUAUAAAGAAAAUAAGCCUAUAACUAAGUCUAAGACUCAAUGCAAUUUGGAUUAUCCCCGAGCCAACGGCGUAGAGCGCCGUUCCGCGGGCGUAAGCCCGGGCGAGGGCACUAAUCCCCUCCCCCCGGCUAUUUACACCCGGAGAAAGGAACGCACUAGCGAAGUCUAAAGUUCAUCAAUUAUCACAGGCGCGGUUCAUGGAUGUAUGGGUGGUCAUCUCACUGAUCUCAAAAUAUGGCUGUUGGCCAGGAGUGAGGAAGGGGAAAAUAUCAAAAUUACAUGUAAGAAAGCUUGGAAAAUCAUUUCACAUAACAAAUUAUCAAUCUUUUUUCAAUUUUUAAACGUAAACAUUUAUAAGAAUUGAUUUAGUAUGAGAAAUCCUAAAGUUUAGCCUAUAGGGCAAGUUUGUCUCAACUGGUUUAUGUAUGACCUUGUAUUAAUGUUAUAGACUUUGUUCUUGUUGUUCAAGUCUUUCCUAUGGAUUGUAUGCGAAAGUUUCAUAGUUAAAUUAACUUUUGUAGAAGUUCAUGAUAAAAAGGAAAGCAAAUUAUUUUCAUUAGCGUUCUGUACGAAUUAAAUUUAUUUCAUUCAAAGUGCGAGUAAUAAGUUAUAAGUUGAGCUCAAGUUAUCGCGAUCGGCAAAAAGCAGUUAAUUUCAAUUCACAUUUAAAAACGUUUUACGUAGAGUUUUGUUUUCAAUUUUACAUUAAUUUAAAAUAAAGCACAUAGAAAGCAAAAUCAUAUACCUACUUUAUAUAUCUUAGAAAUUGAUAGUUCUGUACUUAAAAGUGUUCAAGUUUCAUCUAUUGUUUGCAGGUUUGAGAUUUGUCCAAAUAUUUUUUAAAAAGUUAUCGUGUUGCAAUGACAAACACGACGUGAGAAACGCUAGCCUGCGUUUAAUGUUGGCGUAAUUACGAAUACUUCAUGUUGAAACAAUGUUUGGAGAAUAUAGGCGAGGGGUUGUUGCAUGCAUGUAUAUCUAGUAUGAAUUUAUUUUAAACGUUUCGUCCGUUUAAUAUCCGACAACAAUGUGUUUAUGCAGCAAGAAAUUUCGUUGUCAAAAUAAUUUUCCACCGGCACCGGAAUGUAAUUCAGUGCGAGCCGUAUACAUUUCGUAUCGCGCCGAAAAAAAAAUUUGCUAGCAAAAUCACAAUUAGUAGCAAUGGAUAUGCCAAUUGUCUCGUAGAUCAUUUUGACACGACUUUUUUCCGUCCUUCGUUUUGCCCAAGCAUCCAACCUGCGAAUUUUAGGGCAGCAAACAAAGGUUUGUGAUCAGGCUAGGUAAACUCAUUUUUAUAUUUUUUCGACACCAGAAACGCAAUUUUAUAAUUUUCAAUCCCCGAAAUAUAUGAUGAAGAUUUGCCCUUAGAUAUAUUCCACAAACUUCAAUUUUGUACGUCAGACACUUCAGAGACCUUCAAUUUAAAAAAGCAAUUUUAAAACAAUCACACAAACAGAAAAUUGGACAGAAAAUAUUAAACAAAACAUUGAAACAAUGCUUCUUGCUGUGCCUUAUGUAGUUAUGUUAUUAAGGUUGCAUGGCCGUAACAUGCGUCUUUUACGCAUUUUUUACUCCACUUUCGUAAUUCCCUUCCUUAUUGUGGCUGUAAAUAGCCGAGCGGAGUUAUUGCAUAGCAUGAAAACUGCUUUUCCGGUGAAAUUUGCUAAAAAAUUCCCAAAUUUCUCCGCAAAAUAUCCACCAAGGUUAACAGUUAAUCCUAGGGAUGAAAUUGGAAAAGACACAUCUUCGAAUAAAUGGACGGCGGCGCCAUGUCGAUUUCAUUAUGCUGCUUCAAACACCAACUGCUUUCACAGUUUUAUAACUUGCAAGAUUAAGAUUAACAAUACUAUAGCGCAAAUUCACAUGCGCAUAUGGAUACGAUCAAAUGCGCUUUAUGUCAAGUAUUAUACGUUUACCUAUAAUUACUCACUUACCCUAUAUAAUUUUAUAGACUAUAAUUUUAUCUUUACAACUUGCAACUGUGAUAUUAGUUUCUUAACUGCAUGUGUUUAUCCUAACCCACCCCAUCAACUUUCCCUCUGAGAAGAACUGGAGCACACUAACUCACCUUCAUUCACCUUCAACGCACUUCAACUUCCCUCUCGAUAUCAACUCGCGACGAUAAUAAUCACCCGCGUUCCAUGGCAACCAUGUAAUGAAAAUCCAUCCACCGCAAUGGGCAAUAUUUUGGCGUUUAACACACUUUACUUAAAAAAAGGCCUGGUUUUCCCCACUUUUUAUUUCAUAAAACAUUUUCUUGUAGUACAAUAAACUAUCUGACCAUGCAACUUUAAAGAUGCUGCAAAGUCUGUUCUGCGCAUCAGUUCUGCUCAUAAAAAAGGGGAACCAGCAGAUAUAUAUAUAUAUAUAUAUAUAUAUAUAUAUAUAUAUAUAUAUAUAUAUAUAUAUAUAUAUAUAUAUAUAUAUAUAUAUAUAUAUAUAUAUAUAUAUAUAUAUAGUGUGUUGCUACAAACACAAAUAAUAUCAGUCAGAAUCACUUUUGUAUGGUCUUUUCAAAGUUUAAAGACUAUCUAACACGUAAUGUCAACGGCAGAAUCAAGUGGCUGGGUGAUUUUGAGAAUUUGAAGCAUUUUAUGGCAGAAUUAUAUGAUGCUGGAGGUGUCUGGAACUCGCCCGGGGGAAGUGAUAAAGUAUUUCUUUAUGAUCAAAUCAAGCUUACAUGGUAUGCGGACAACAACUCUAUGAUAUUUAAAGGUGUUGAUGGCCAAAUUCUGGAACGAUUGGUGAUUUCUACGCUAGAAACUGGCGUGCUAGAAACUGGCGUUUUAUUAACAAACGUGCAUAGUAACGGCGAUCUUGAGUUAAACACAUCAAAUAUUGAAGUUUGUGAUAAAGACAAGGUCGAAAGCUACUUUAAAGAUUGUUCUUCUCAAACGGUGAAUCAUCAUGAAAGAUGCACGAAUUGUGACCGAUUAUCAACAGAACUGACUGCUGCUGUAAAGAAAAUUGAUGGAUUAUAUGAGACUGUGAACAAAAUGUUCGAGUUGGUAUGUAUGAAAUCAAACUCAACAUUACUCACUGGCACGAUUAUGCAUGACCUCAGGCUAAAUACAGAUUUUAGUUCUGCUAAAGAUACAAACAGUAAUUUGCGAACUGUUUGUGAACUGUCUACAGAUCUCGAAGGAGUUAAGUUGGAUGCUGUUAUUACGGAGUCUAAACAUUCUAAAAACAUCCAUUCAAACCACGAAAAUAUUAACAAAAACAUGAAAUUUAUUGAUAAAUUCUCUCAUGAACUGGCUAUUAUGCAGUGCGAACAACAAGAUCAUUUUCGAAAAAUUUCUAAACAUGCAUGACUUAGCAAUUAAUCAAUUAAUUCAUUAUUUAGAAACUAUUCAAAGUGAGCAAGGAAAACACAAUCAACAAAUUAGUGAACAAUACACAAGUAUUGAACAAAUAAGACAAGGAUUAGCCGUUAUGCAUGAUGAACAUGUUUUGAAUCACUCAAGCAAGAACUCGUCAGAAAUAAUACAAAGCAAGGAAAUAAAAAAUGUAAACGUUAACAGCAUCUCCAGUCAUGUAAUUAUUGUACAUGACACAACCUCCUCGGCUAUGGAAACAAUACCCAAUCAAGACAAACAAUAUGAUUACAAUGUCCAUUACCCGUUUGGUAAUAGCGAUCGACCUUUAACAGAGAUCAUCAAACUGUGUGAAGAUGUAAUUAGUAUUGAUCCAGAUAAUAGUUUAAACAAAACCCUGCAGAAAAACUGUUCAUUACUUAAAACCCCAACAGAAGACCAACAAAGUGUUACAUUAAAAUCAACCCACUGUAAUGAAGCAGCGGAAUCAGGGUGUGAAAUUAAUACUAUUACUAAUCUGGCGAAUGGCGAAUCUCUUGCUCCCGAAACAUACCAAUCGAACGAAGAAUUGUCCCAUUCCAUGCCAGCGAAAACAGUUAAUUCAACUUUAAAAACGCAAUCAGAAAAAUCGGGUCCCUCCGAACAGGUCAGGGCAAAAAGCAGUGAAUUAGUUUUCGGACAAACGCCAAAACAAAACACCGCAAAUAAGGUCAAAGGUCACAAGUCAAUCAAGUGUACAAAACGUUUAUCGAAAGAGAUAUAUUACGACAACAAUAUAUCUGGGCUAAUCGAUAAAAGUGAAAUAAAUUGCAACCCAGGGGUGCCUGUCAGGCAUGUGGAGUGGGUGGGACGGCUACCUUUGAUUGAAUCUUCAUAUAAGUCUGUAUCGUUAAGAAAAUCUACGACUUUAAACGAUUUCCAGCGAUCGUGUAAGAGAAAUUUUCGGAAGAGUCGUUCAAAGCACCGUCCCCGGGACUGGCAGAGGUACCUCGAAUUUGUUCGGAAAACGUUACACCCUCGUGUGACUCGGCCUCCAAUUCGCCUACGAACAACAAAGUAAUUUCUAUUGUUAUGUCACAUUGUCGGACCAUAAGUCAUCGCAUAGUCGGGAUUUUUUUUAGUACCAUUGACACACAUAGAACAUCUAAUAGACCGAGUGGACAUUGUUCAACUAACUGUAUCUUAAUUCGCACAGAACAAUAUGAAAGUACCAAAAAGUAUUUGAAACUGUGUCUCCUGAAUGCCCGAUCUAUCAAGAACAAAUCUGCGGAUUUUGUUUGUUAUGGACUCUCCACUGGUGCUGAUGUUUUUGCUAUCACUGAGACUUGGUUCGCAGAUAAAGAUAUGGCACAUAAGGCUGAGAUCACUUUGCCCGGUUAUAAACUACUCGAUCAUCCCCGUACUGAGAGAAGCGGAGGUGGAACAGCUUUGUUAUUUAGGGACAAUAUUACUGUACACAAAGUCGACUGCGGCGAACGCAGGUCAUUUGAGUUUUCCGAAUGGAUACUACAAUAUCGCUCCUGUAAACUGAGAACUAUUAUCGUUUACCGUACUCCCUAUUCUGCUGCACAUCCUGUUGUCACAAGUGUAUUUUUCGAUGAAUUCUCCACAUAUUUGGAAUCUGUAAUCAUGUCCUCCGAACCUUUGUUAAUCGUUGGAGAUUUUAAUAUCCAUGUCGAUAUCUCACGUGAUCCUAACGCUAUUCGAUUUCUUGAUCUGUUGUCCUCCAUGGGCCUUGAUCAACAUGUUGACAAGCCUACUCACACAUCUGGACACAUCCUUGAUCUGAUAAUCACGCCGGAAUUCUGA